CGCAGGACAGAGACUAGGGUCGCCUGUGAGGCAUGCCGCAAGAAAAAGUCAAAGUGCAAUGCCCAGCGGCCAACCUGCAAGGCCUGCGAGCUGCGCGGGACUGAGUGUGUCUACGAUGCGGAUCCAACCGAGACACGCGGCCAGGCGCUGAAGCGCAAGCUGGACGCGCAGGAAGAGGCGCGCAGCGUGCACGAGGAGUUCCACCAACUGCUUCGCUACCGCCCAGAGCCUGAGGUGGCCGAGAUCCUGCGCCGCGUCCGCGCCGGCGCCAGUGUCGAGGCCGUGGUGAGCCAAGUCCGCUCGGGCAGCCUGCUCCUCCAACUGGCUGUCAGCCCCGAGAGGCGCCAUCAGUACGGCCUGGGCCGCGUGCUCGACAUCCCCGACUUCCUCAGGUCCGCCGGCAACCCGUACACGAUGUCGCUCGUCUACCGCAAGAGCUUCGAUCCCAAAUGGCACUGGUCGUCGCCGCCUGACCUCCCGCCCAGCGUCCGCAACUAUCGCGCCCUGUACGAUGCGCCCUUCCACGCUGCGCAGAUGGUUGAUGCCGACAUCGAUGCGGCCAAGCCGUCGACCUGGACGCUGGUCUCGUCUGAUGACGAGCUGAUGCGAGCUCUUCUCAAGUCCUACUUCACAAACGAAUAUCUCUUCUUUCCUCUCUUCCACAAAGACUCCUUUCUCCAAGACAUGAUCUCCGGCCGACGCCGUUUCUGCUCGCCACUUCUCGUAAACGCCGUACUCGCGGCCAGCUGUCAUGGCUACAGCAAACUCCCGGACCGGUCCGAGUUCUGGAAUCCCACGUCUUUAACUUACCGCUUCAUGGCUGAGACGCGGCGCCUCUGGGAGCUGGAGACCGACGAAAAGUCGAUUACUAGAAUACAGACUGCCAUGGUCCUCCAAAGCCAGUACAACAAAAACGGGCUGGACAAGAUAGGUUGGUCUUACUGCGUCCAAGCGGUAGCCGCGUCCGAGGAAAUGGGCCUCUUCACCACCUAUCUCCGUCCCAAGAGUCGAAAGUGGAGGGUCGUGCAGGCAAUGACAGCAUGGAUCGUGUUUACACGCCAAGGUAUUGUGUGCUUCCAUUUUGAUAGGCCACCGCUCGUUACAGCACCCCCUACGUUGGCACUCCCUGAAAAUCCAGAGGCAUAUGGAGAGGUCUGGGUCAAGUAUCCCACAACCUCCAUGCCGGUGCCUCUCCACUUUGGCCAGAUCUUCAAGACCACAACCGAGUUUCGCACCAUCGCGAGCGACAUCAUAUGUAGCGCAUUUCCUUCAUCCUCAGCAUCAGAAGGGAAGAAGAAACUACCUACGGUAGCCCAAGCAGCAGAGUACCGUUCGAGGCUCCGGAAGUGGUACGAGCAAUUACCAAAUUAUCUCAGCCCACAGAACCUGAUCCUUCCAAUACAUUUCGAUAUCCAUCUGCACUAUUGGUUCAUCACGGCUCGGCUAUUUGAACAAGUCAACGUUGUAGAGGAAGGUGAAGCCGCAGACUCUCCGCUAAUGGAAGAGAGCGUUGGUGAGAUAGUCACACAUGCGCUGGCAAAUCUUCAAACACUCAUCCGGCUCUACUACUCCUGCCACGGCGGCGACGCACACAACCUGUUUCACGUUGCCAUGUGCUCGUACGUCGGCUUCGGCGCGCUUCAUGCCAUAUCCCUGUUAGACGAGUCAGCCUCCACCAUUCGCGAAGGUUACGAGUCAACAGUUCUCCUAUGCGCGGGCGUCCUUCACGACCAGAGCACCAACACCCACCUGUCCGACAUUGUCUUCCGCCUCCUGCAGCGGAGCCUUCCGGCCGCCGUGGCCGCCCAGCUAGUCCGCCUUUUCCAUAUCAGCGACGCGAACGAGACAAAGAUGGCUUUCAUAUCGCGCUACGCUCAAUCGUCCUGGCCAGUGAGCGUGGCAUUGAAGCCUAAUGACACUGAA